AAUGCCAAUUGUCAUUGUCAAAUAUCCUGGAAACUUGCUGGAAAACGAUUAAUCAAUUAAAUUUAGAUAAUUUUCAAUUAAUAUAACUGUAGAAACAGUGUAAAAUAUGGGCGAAGUUGUACUAGAAACCGCGGCUUAUGCUAAGAUUAUCUUGCAUGCGGCGAAAUAUCCCCAUUGUGCCGUGAACGGUAUACUCUUAGCUGAUGCGACUAAGAUCAGGGAUGGGGCUAGGAACCAAGAUUUGGACAUCGUGGACACAGUGCCAUUGUUCCACCACAGUCACAACUUAUCUCCGAUGGCGGAGAUUGCGUUGACACAGAUAGAGACAGUGGCGCAGUCAAGUAACAGGGUGAUUGCAGGCUAUUACGCUGCAUGUGAGAACUUCAGGGACAACACGGUGGAGAAGUGUCCCGGACAGAAGAUUGCUGAUAAAAUAGCAGAAUACUUCCCGUCGGCCGUGUUUAUUGUUGUUGACAACAAGAAGAUGGUGCAGCACCUUGAUUCUCCAGCUAUUAAGCUACACAAGUACAGUGACGGCAAAUGGAAGCCAAAAGAUACACAGGUUACAUUCCAAACACAAUAUACAUUGGAGACUGUCUCCCAUCUUCUCCAGCGCGGUGUCCAGAAGGACUUGGUAGAUUUCGACAACUACUUGGACGAUUUGUCCCAAGAUUGGACCAAUCUCGGCAUAGAGAAAUUGAUUGCUAGUAUCAACGCAUCCAACACUAUUGACUGUGACGAGAAAGAUUACCGAUAAUAUUUAUGGUUAUGCUAGGAAAAUAUUUAGAGUAAUUGUUUUUGGUCUAUUGGCUAUUUAUAUGGUAUGGUUGCAAUUGGUAAUGCAUGGUAUAAUUUAUUUUACCAUAGGACUAAGAAACAUAGUAUCCAAAGUUUACCAUGGAGCGUUCAUAUUUAAAUGAAGGUUACUGUGCAUUUUAUUUCCUUUUCAUUGUAAUUUAUUAAAACAUGCAUGAGUUUGGAACAUUUAACUGCUAUUUUCUAUAAGUCCCAAUUUCUUUUUUAAUCCAUCAUGAAAACGUCCGAUCAGAACAAAGAUUUCUUAAAUUAUAAAUUACUUAUUUUGAUUGGUUUAUUCACAAGAUCGGAUCAAAGAUGAGAACUAGGCCUAUUAUUUUUUUAAAUACCAUGCAUUUCCAUUAUUUAAAGUAAGAAUAAAUUAUUAUAAGAACAAUAUAAUUCCCUGUUUAUUUUUUGUUAUUAUGGACUAUUUAGGACUAUGUACCAUUUUAUACUGAGGAAUUAAUGCAAAAUUUUAUUUUAGUUAAAAUAUAUGAUUGAAAAUGCAUUAAUAAAAAUCUGACAGUAUGUUAUGGCAAAAUGUGUGGACUAACUUAAAUUGCGUCAGCAAUUUUUGCAAAUCUAUCAACUUGCACAUUCACUGUAUUUUCUGUUUGUUAUAAUUUGUUAUAAAAAUAAUGGUAAUAGGUUGUCUUUGUGCAAAUAAAGCCUUUCUACAUUUAAAAUUGAAUACAGUCUAGUAUAUUUUAUGUAUAAUUCAGAAUCAUUGGUAGAAUAACUGCUCUGUCUCACAAAAAUCAACAAGAUAUAUCAGUCUUGAUGCAAUUUAGAUUGGCAAGAAAACUUGUAGUAGUCGGCUGCCGCAAGCAAAUUUGCUGUUUUGAUUAUGGAGAGCUGACUUCUGUAAAUUUUGAAUCUUACAAGACUUGCAGCAACUUUCAUGUAUAUAGAAAUAUUUAAAUAUUGCCGCUACUGUAAACUCAUCUAAAAGUUCUUGCGCAAUUUCGGCUGCAAAAUCUUGCUAGCCUGAACUUAGCAUCCUUUAAAAAAAAAUGUAUUUAUAGUGCAAUUAUUCCCCUGUUGAAAGGCUAAACAUAAACAACAUUUUGUUUAUAUAAAAAUAUUUAUUGUUACAUAGCACUCGCAUUUAUAACAAUGUUACGUUAUAUUAUGUUAUUAAAGUACUCUUCAACCAA